AUGUCUUAUUCUUCAACUUCCUCCAGCGCGAGCGAGUCUGAUCCUGGCACAUCUGUCCCUGCCAGAGACUAUGCUAACUUGCGAGAUAUGACGGCUUUUCCCACGUUCUUCGAUAUCCCCGAAUUGAUGAUUCAAGUCGCGAACGGCAAGGUCUAUAAACCACACGAACACUGGUGUCUCCUGGUGGAAAUCUUCGCCAUCGAAAGCUUUUCCCGUCUUGUUCUGAGAUGCAAGGACAAAGCAGACAAGCUAGUGAUCAUUGCCUUCUACACUGAAGAUGAGGGUAGAGCCUUUGACACAAGUGAGCUGCACUGUGGACAAACCGUCGCGAUUAUGUAUCCCACACAGCAUCAGUUUCUUGACGGUCGCUGGGGAGUUCGUCAGGAGGAUUACCGCUCGAUCAAGGUAUGCCCCCGGUUUUGGAAAUCACAUCCAUCCUCUUGGAACUGCCGAACUGAAAGAGCUUACAUCUCAUGUAGCUUUUUCCUACGUCCCUCGACAACCUACUUCGUCUUAGUGACGAGGUUCGAUCCUGGCCGAAAGGCUUUGGCAAGCACACCGAAUGCCAUGGAUGUGGCCAAAGCAAUGUACCGCUGA